AGCUCCGAAUUGAAUCUUCUAGCCCGUCUCAUUUAUAUCGCCCAUCAUGUCGGUCAAGCAAGGGGUACCACUGUCAUGGGCAGCAGCAAUCCAAAAUGAUCGAGUCGGACCCUUCGAAAUCAGAUCUCUCUGUGCAUCCCCCAGAGCCAAUCUCUCCGCCGGAAUUCCGUGAAGGAGGAUAUGGCUGGGUCUGCGUGGCCUGUACCUUCCUCAUGAACGCCCAUACAUGGGGCAUCAACGCCGCCUACGGGGUCUUCCUCGCCUACUACCUCUCGACCGACAUAUUCCCGGGCACAUCAGCCCUCGAGUACGCCUUCGUCGGCGGCCUGAGCAUCUCAUGCGCCAUGUUCAUCGCCCCCCUCGCCACAUACCUCGACCAGCGAAUAUCGACGCGCUUCGUCCUCAACCUCGGCGCCAUCCUGGAAGCGCUGUCCCUGAUCACCACGUCGUUCGUGAAGACCGACUGGCAGCUCUUCCUCUCGCAGGGCGCUUGCUUCGGCAUCGGCAUGGGCUUCUGCUUCUGCGGCUCCGUGGGCAUCACGUCGCAUUGGUUCCAGAGAAAACGAAGCCUGGUCAACGGCAUCGCGGCCGGCGGCUCGGGCAUCGGUGGUCUCGUGUAUUCUCUCGCCGUGGGGAAGCUGAUCCCCGAAGUGGGAUUUCCAUGGGCGAUGCGGAUCCUAGGCAUCCUGGCCUUCACGGUCAAUAUGGUAUGUGCGAAUCUUCUUCGGGUUCCGUCGCCGUCUCCGGCCUCGUCCCAGAAGGAUAGCUCACCAUCCCGUCUUUCGCGUCUGCUCCUGAGACUCGACUUUCUCCUGCUUUUGGCAUGGGCAUUCCUGAGCGGGCUAGGUUACGUGGCUUUGCUCUUCAGUCUGUCCAGCUACGCCGUCGCCAUCGGUCUCACGCAGGAACAGGGGAGUCUGGCUAGUGCGCUGUUGAGCCUUGGACAGGCACUGGGCCGACCAGUCGUAGGCCUGGUCAGCGACAAAUUGGGCCGGAUCAACAUUGCGUUCGGGGCCUCGCUGCUCUCGGGCAUCCUGCCGCUCGUGCUCUGGAUCUUCGCCGACUCGCUCGGACUCAUAUACUUCUUUGCCGUCGCGGUGGGGUUGUUCUCCGGGACGUUUCUGGCCGCCGCCGCACCGCUGACUGCGGAGGUUGUCGGGCUGCAGAGUCUCGGGGCGGCGCUGGGGGUCUUUUGGUUCGUGCUGGGACCGCCGACAGCGGUGGCGGAGGCGAUUGCAGUGCAGCUGCGAGAUGAUGCGGGCCAGCAGAAACCCUAUCUGCGAGUGCAGCUGUUUGUAGGGGUGAUGUAUCUAGGCUCGGCAGCUUGUUUGGCGUGGUUG